AUGGUGAAAUACACUGCUGAAGAAUUAUUACAUCUAAAACCAGAAGAAACUUUACCAGUUGAUUUUGAUGCUGAAGAAUUCAGAGCCAUCAUUGAAAACAUUAAGCAAAUCCAAGCUUUGAAAGAAGAAGAAUACGCUGCUCAUGGUUUCACUAACCGUAGAAGAUCCUCCCAUCAUUACCACACAAGACCAAAGGUCAAGCAUAACAAACCAAAGGUUACCACCGAUGCUGAUGGUUGGUCCACUUUAGAAACCGCGAAGGGUGAAGAGGGAGAAGCAGGUGAAGAAAGCGACGAAGAAGACUCAGCACCAUUUGUUGCCACCAUCUCCACCGAAACAAUCAGAGUAAAGCCAAAUAACAAGAAUAUCUCAUCCUCUAGACCAGCAGACAAUCGUGAUAUUAUUUUAGACAAGCAAACCAAUACUUUCAAUGCAUUCGCUGCUUUGGAAAGUGAUGAAGACGAAUAA